GCUGUCCUGUCCAUGAUCGUUGACCCGGUGCCAAUCAACUUCGCAAGCUUUCACCUUUCGGGUAGAAGCUCGCAAUCAAAAUGGCUUCAGUCCAUCACAACCAGGUCGCACCCGAUGAAGUAGUUCCGGUUGCAGCUAUUACAGCUGCCCCGGACAUUGAAAUGGCUCCCAUGCACCCCGCCCCAGCCGCAAAAGAUAGCGAUCUCGACCCCUUCCUCGUUGCAUUCGAAGAACCCUUUGACGCUGCCAACCCUAAGAACUGGCCCACCAGCCGCAAGUGGGCCAUGACCGACGUGCUCUCGGCGACCGGCUUCAACCGCAUCAUGGUGUCCACCAUCAUGGCGCCAGCAUUGUCGCUGAUCGCCACAGAGCUGCACAUGAACUCGGCCGAGUCGGUCAUGGCCUUGUCCAUCUAUCUUCUCGCUACCGCGUUUGGCCCAUUGGUGAUGGGGCCUCUGUCGGAAAUCUACGGCAGGAAAACGGUGCUGCAUGUUUCCAAUGUCUGGUUUCUUGUCUGGAAUAUCGCAUGCGGGUUUGCGACUACUAAGGAGCUACUUAUCGCUACUCGAUUUCUGGCUGGGUUCGGUGCAAGCUCAAUUUACGCGCUCGCCGGUGGUGUACUAGGAGACGUCUGGCGGCCGGAGCAACGUGGCCGCUCGCUCGGGACAUACUUGCUUAUUCCAUUGCUUGGUGCUGCUGUCGGGCCCAUAAUUGGAGGUUUCAUGGCGGGUCGUACCACGUGGCGCUGGUUGUUUUGGUCGACUUCCAUCUUCCAAGCCGUCAUGAUAUUGGUCUCCUUUACCACGUUUUGUGAGACGCAUGCUCCAACUAUCCUCCAGCGUCGAGCCGAAAAGCUCCGGCGUGAGACUGGGAACCAGCAGUACUACACGAUACAUGAGCGAUUCGACGGUAAUAAGUCUCUCGCUCAGGUCAUCCAACGUGCUCUGACUCGGCCUCUUCGCCUUCUGGCCUUUCACCCUAUCAUCCAGGUUUCGUCUGUCAUAUCUGCCUUUAACUACGGAAUUCUGUAUAUCAUCUUGUCAAGCUUCGCCGACCUCUGGACGCAGCACUACCACCAGUCCGUCGAAAUCAGCGGCCUGCAUUACAUCGCCUGUGCUCUCGGCGAAAUAGCCGGUUCCCAACUCGGAGGUCCGCUCAUGGACGUUCUCUUCCGCCGUCUCAAGGCCCACGCCAAGGGCGAACACACUCCUGAGUUCCGCAUCCCCCUGAUCUUCCCUGGUGCUUUGCUCGGCCCACUCGGCCUAUUCAUCUACGCAUGGACGGCUGAGUACCGUGUCCAUUGGAUUGCGGUAGAUAUCGGCAUUUUCAUCACUAUGUUCGGUGGCCAGAUUACAAGCAUGCCCAUGCAAGCCUACGUUAUUGACGCGUACCCGGAUCAUACGAGUAGUGCCAUAGCGGCGGUGCAGUUCAUGAAGAGUUUGACCGCUUUCUUGUUUCCUUUAUUCGUACCGGCUAUGUAUAAUGCUCUGGGGUAUGGGUGGGGUAGCAGUACCUUGGCCUUCGCUGGGUUGCUCAUUGGGUUGCCAGCUCCGUUGAUUGUGUGGCUGUAUGGCGCGAAGCUGCGGGCCAAGGCAGCUUCGAGCUACUAAUCUUCCGGGGAGAUUCUCAAAUCCGCCUUGCGCUCGGAGAAUUUCAUAAGUUUUUGAUGUUUGGCAUAAACGGAAAUAUAAGUUUAAGAAUAGGGGAGGAGGUGCCAGGCGAGUUGACCGUCUGAUAUGGAUAGUUUCAAGUUUGUUUAUGUGGAAAUUAAGCAUACAGGGGUGGUUGGAGUCGUGAUUCAAGUGCAUAAAAAGGUUGUACGUUCAAGGCGUACGGAGAGCUGGCCGCAUGCGAUUAGUGCAACGCCAAGAGCGAACAAUAUAGCUUCGGAGACUUCCCGGUUCCUUUUUGUCAACGAAACCAUUGUAGUUCAAAGUCCAACGAUGCGG